GACGACAAAUCUUUAAUAGAGUCUCUCCUCUUUCUACGAUUUUGAUUCUUCUUUGUGAUAUCUUCACAGUUUCAUUUCCUUUCUCCUGUUGAAUCUCUCUUUGUUCUUGUUAUAGUUUUUUUUUAGUUAAGAUAUGUAGUUGUACACUCAUCAUAUCGUUUUCUUCGAUAUUUUUUCUUGUUAGUUUUGUGUGUCGUUUGAUUAGGGUUUUACAAAAUUGUUGAGGAACUAUGACGACAGAAUCUAAUGAUUUGAAUCGAUCAGAAUCCGAGUCUGAUAUCAGUGCAAUUGACUUUUCUCUAGGAUGCAAAAGAGUGAGUGGUCCUACGAGAAGAUCAACUAAAGGAGGAUGGACCUCUGAAGAGGACGAACUUUUGACGAAUGCUGUGAAGAUGUACAAAGGGCAUACCAGCUGGAAAAAUAUUGUUGAGCUUGUUCCUGGACUGAAAGACAAGAGAAGCGAAGUCCAGUGUCAGCACCGUUGGCUAAAGGUUCUUGAUCCAAACCUCUACAAAGGACAUUGGACAAAAGAUGAAGAUGACCUCUUAAGUAAAUUGGUUAAGGAUCAUAUGAAGAAUGAUAGGCCUCAGUGGUCGAAAAUUUCAAAGCAACUCUCUGGUCGCAUCGGCAAGCAAUGUCGUGAAAGGUGGCAUAAUCAUUUGAAUCCGACUAUUAAAAAAACUGCGUGGACUAGAGAAGAGGAACUCAUUCUCGUUCAAUCACAAAGAGAACACGGCAAUAAGUGGGCAGAGAUUGCCAAGCUCUUGCCUGGAAGGACGGAGAAUAAUAUUAAGAACCACUGGAAUUGCUCAGUUAAGAAAAGACUGGAGCAGUUUCCUAGUAACCUCUCCUCUGGUUCUAGACCUUCUGGUUUUGAAUACAACUUUUUUAAUCAAAAAAUAUUACAAAUCGAGGAAGCUGCAGCAAAGAGUCCUCUAAGGGAUUCCUUGGAGUUAACAUUAGGACCCACUAAUUGGAGGAGCACUCCUUCCUCCACAAGCUCUCUUAGAGGAGAUGAAUCAAUCUCAUCAUCAGUAGAAUCUGACUGGUCAAGCCUCAAUGAAGUUUCAGAGAGUACUCAAGAAACUCCACAGAGCAGCAACGAUAAUGAGUGCAUACAAGAAGUGAAGGAGAUCAAAAAGAGACUGAGAAUGGCUGCGAGUACUUUCAACACACCCUCCAUUAUCUCCAAAAGAAGCUCACCGGCUUUGAAACGGCACAGACAAAACGAGCUGAACACGCCGUUUCAAAUAGAUGGUGGAAGUCACAUGCCAAGUGAGGAAGAAGAACACUCAACUUCUCCUUUCUCCAAGUACAGACUUGCGAAACGUAACACUUGCUCUGGCUCAAAACCCUUGGAGAGGCGUUUAGAUUUUGAUUUCAUACUGUGGGACGAGUACGGCAAACGUAACGGGAUUGUCAAUUUCUCUGUGAGGAUCGUUUCCACAAAAUCAGAUCUUAAAUCCGGCCUGCGUCCCUUUUGGUUACGUUAAUUGGUGUAUGUGUUAGGUUCAUAAUAGAUGAUUUUAUUCUGUACUUUUUAUUAGCAAAUCAA